UGCGCAUAUGCAAUUGUAGUUGGAAAAAAAUUAGCAAACAAAAACUAAAAUGCAGGUGCUUGGUGCUUGGUGUGACGACGAACGAAGCGCGUUGUGUAACACGCGGUUGGAUGAUGAAAAUCGGCGGCUGAUGGUUGAAAAGUAUCGAAUAUGCCUGGAAAGUGUGUUUUUAACGAUUUAUGGCUUCGGAAAGAACAUUACAAAGGUUGGCUUGCAAAUUCGGGAACAAACGAUCGUCAUACAGCACGAUGUAUGUUAUGUUCGAAAACCUUCGAUAUUUGGCAACAUGGGAGAAGCCGCUGUUGUUAGCCAUAUGAAAGGGAAGAAGCAUCAUAAUUUAGUGUCUACUGGAAGCUCGUCGUCGGGGGGAAACGCGAACAUAUCAGACUUUUUUAGCGCUAGUAGUACCACAAGUAACAAACGCUGUACUAAACCAGAUGCAGCAGUUGGCAAUACAAACACGGAAAAGCAACAGGGCACCUUGACGAAUGCAGUGUGUAAUAAAGAUGAUCAUUGGAAAGCAGAAAUCCUAUGGUCCAUGAAGACAGUAGUAGACAAAUACUCGUAUAAGAGUUGUGAAAAUGUCAGUCAAGUGUUUCAGAGGAUGUUUCCACAUAGCACUAUUGCAAAGCAUUUCACUUGCGGAGAGCGAAAAUGUGCAUAUAUUGUUAUUAAUUCAUAGUUACUCUAAUAACUAUUCUACAGUUAAACUUUCUUUAUUAUAUAGUUGGAUUUGUUUAGACUAGACAAGUCUGUUCUGCAAUUAUGCAUCCGCAAUGCAGAAUAUAAGCAAUAUUAUUUCAAAAUACCAGUUAUUAAAGAUUUUUAUAUAAUUUGUUUUUUUUUGUUUCACUAAAUAGAACACUCAUUUAAAGAAUAAAAGAAAAAGUUGCCUUGUAAAAAAUGUUCCGUGUCAUUAUUUUUGUGUGAAAUGGUUUUGGAAAUUCAACAUUUUGGCUCUGGAAAACUCUUGGAAAAGUUUUGGAAUUUUCCCAAGUUCAAAGUGUAUGAAC